AUGCCCACAAAAUCCCCGGGCUCGAGCACUCAAAGAUGCUUGGCUACCAACAAUGCAAAACGAGUGCCACGGACACAGAAAAAGGCCACUGUACCCAGCCAUCAAGUACCAAGCAGGGUACCAACAAAGAGACUCACCUCUCCGCUACCAAGGUCUACUAGACAUGCUGCAAGGCCAGCUGGCUGCACUCAGAACCACAUAGAGCAACUCCCACCUGAGAUCCUAAUGAAGAUCCUGUGGAACCUGGAUGCCUCUUCUCUCUACUGCAUUAGCUACGUCAACAAGCUUUUCUAUAAGCUGGCCAAAAACAAUGGAAUGUGGCGUAAAAAGUACUCUGCAAAAUAUGGGGAGAGUAAGAAGUUGAAGGCCAUGCACAUGGACGAGGUGGUGGAGAAGCUGAGUGUGAUGAAGGUUCAGGAGAGACCAGAGGGCUACUGGAGAAGGCUGUACUUCAGGACCAUAGCUGGAAACAACCACACCAAGUGGUUGAAGGAGCUGGGAACCAUCAACCCCUACACAGGCCUUCCCAGCCACACAGAGAGAGUCCUCAGAGAGCAGCGUGUGGCCUGGGAGAUCACAGUGUGUGACAAGUCGGGCUGUGAGGGGACUUUUGAGCAGAGCCACACCUACUACAGUGACUCGUCAGUGACGGUGUGCUGGAGCAACGGUUCAUGGCCCGCCUUCCACCAACUCUCUACCGUACAGCUUCACGGUGUCAAGAGAGUUCCCCUCAAAUGUCCCAGCGCCAUCAAGCCAGGCUGGUGGUCUCUGAUGGCUCAGUUGGAUAUUGACACCAUCUCUAAGAGCAGCCAGGUGAUUGGUGGAGACAGACUGGUCAUGUUGCUGCUGCUGUCGCCUGGCAUCGUCAUCGGCAUCUGGAGGGGCCAGUCGUCCAUAGCCUUUGUGAUGGCCACCUUCCACUACCACAGGCUGGUGGAGAGGAGUCUCCUGGGCUCGUCUGUUUGCCCCUACACCAUUCCAGAGAACAUGCCUCCUUUCGACGACGUGGACCCGAACUACGGUCUACAUGGUUACACGCUACACAUUACCCUCCACAACACCGUGACGGAGAUCAUGUUUGGCCACUUCCCUGAACUCUUCUGUCGGAAAGGUCAGAUCCAUGAAGGCUUCAUCCAGCUGAAUGCCAUCAUCAGGAGUAAGCAGUCCCAGCACACCCCUCUCUCUGCUAGGGUCAGCCUGCCCUGGAGGUCUGAUGCUCUGGAGGGGACUGUGAAGAAUUGCUGCAUGAUGAGCCUGACCCUGCUGGAUGAAUCCCAGAUGCCCUUCUGGUGUGUCAGCAUGCCCGUCUCCAUGGUGCUGGCCAAUGAGGAGCCUUUCUCCUAUGACUACCAGGGCCAGCACUUCCUGAUCAAGUACCAGGAUGCAGAGGGCAAGGUACAGAUGGAUGUGGUGCGGCUGGAGGAACAGAGACAGUUCUUACUUAUUAAUCUGAUGAUCUACAUCAGCACAGUCAAAGUCAACCAGCACUUUGGGAGAGCCUACUAA